AUGUCGCCGCAGGGAGACGUGCAGCCUGUUUCGGGCUCGCCUCAGCCUCAGGGCACGGUCGUGUUUUUUCAUCCGGAUUUGGGGAUUGGCGGUGCGGAGAGGCUGGUGGUCGAUGCGGCGGUUGGGCUGCAGGAGCAGGGGCAUCAUGUGGUGAUUUUUACGAACCACUGCGAUCCGGGCCAUUGCUUUGACGAAUGCCGUGAUGGCACCCUCGAUGUCCGAGUCCACGGCGCAUGGCCCAUUCCAAUGUCCAUCUUCAACCGCCUCACCAUCCUCUGCGCCAUCCUGCGCCACCUCCAGCUCCUCGUCCAAAUCACCCUCUCCGGCGAACUCCAGGCCCUCAAGCCCCGUGCCUUUAUCGUCGACCAGCUCUCCGCCGGCUUGCCCGUUAUGCGCUUCCUCUUCCCUGACACGCCGAUUCUCUUCUACUGCCACUUUCCGGAUCUGUUGCUCGCGCAGGGUCGGCAGUCGGCGCUGAAGAGGUUGUAUAGGGUGCCGUUUGAUUGGAUUGAGGAGUGGUCCAUGGGGUUUGCGCAGGCGGUGGCUGUGAAUUCGGAGUUUACCAGGGGGGUUGUUGCGAGGACGUGGCCCGGGUUGAAGGAGAAGGUGGAUACGAAGGUGGUGUAUCCGUGUGUUGAUACGACGUCGAAACAGGAUGAUUCUUCAGCUGGAGGUGCAGACGAUGUCUUUGCUAGCGGUGACUACAAGACCAUUCUUAGCAUCAAUCGAUUCGAACGAAAGAAGGACAUUGGGCUGGCUCUCAAGGCCUUUGCUGCCAUUCCCGAGGCGCAGCGCAAGGGAGUUCGUCUUGUUCUAGCGGGCGGAUACGAUCACCGUGUUGCCGAAAACGUCGAAUACCACGCCGAACUCCAGCAGCUAGCCUCUUCCCACUCUCUCAACCACCACACCGUCACAUCCUUCGACGCUUCCUCCCUCUCUUCGAUCCCAAGUGAUGCCUCCGUUCUCUUCCUCCUUUCUAUACCAAACUCCGUCAAAACAUCGCUUCUCCGUGCCGCUCGCCUUUUAGUUUACACGCCCUCCAACGAGCAUUUCGGCAUUGUCCCCCUAGAGGCCAUGCUUGCGCGCGUGCCUGUUCUCGCUGCUAAUACCGGCGGUCCCGUUGAGACGAUACGGGAUUCCAAGACGGGCUGGCUGCGUGACCCUGAGGAUGUUAAUGCCUGGUCUAACGUUAUGCGUGAUGUACUUGGCAUGCCUGAUGAUAAUCUUCGUCAGAUGGGUGCUGAUGGUGAGGAACGCGUGCGAUCACUCUUUGGUCGCAAGAACAUGGCUUUGCGUUUGGAAGCGUCAUUAGACGAGAUCCUUGCUAAAAGGCUUGCUCGGCCGCCAUUAUUUUUCCCCAUUGGGAUUGUCGUUUCCUUGGUGUUGGCUGCAUUGGCAGUAUACAUGCAGCUGCAAUAA